GCGCGCAAAAUGAAAAAAAAAAACCCCAAUCUCAGACAAAGGGGAAGUUUAAAUUAUUUUUUUUUAGAACCCUAAAAUCGAUCAUUCCUUUUUCCUUUCUAUUUUUGUCUUAAAAACAAUCCCUAACAGAGCAAUAUCUCUUCUUUUUCUGUGGAUUCGCCUUUCAAUCGAGUCUUCUUACUCUUUGUCGUGAUCGAUCGUUGAAUGAGAAGCAAUGUCUGCAGAAAUCAUAGAUAUCAACCUGGAAGGGGAUUUAGAUGGCAGCGGGAAUGAGGUACGCUUUUUGUCCACGAAUCUUCUUUUGAGAUGUGUGAAGGUUAUGCUUAAUGGGUGGGGUUGUCUUGUUAUUGUCUUGGUGUCUGAUGAGUGUAGUAAGAAAGUGGGUAAAGUGGGGUUUACGAAUAUCUGUUUAUUGACUUACUUUCUGAAAAAGGGCAUCUGGUCCCCACCUUAUGUGUUUUUCAUGGGUCAGUUUGUUUACCUGUAUGGAAGUAAUAAGGGUGAUUGGGGGAUCGAGAAGCAUGUGCUGUUUAUUCAUAUAGGUGGUAGGUUAAUACAGGAUAAUGGACUUAAAUAUGUUGAUGGAGAGUGUUGGUACUGGCAUGUAGACAUAGAUAAAUUAACUGUGAGGGAGUUGUUCCAAAAGAUUUCAAUAGCACGUUAUGAUCCAGAUAUGGUAGAGCAUAUAUGGUGUGUAAUAGGGGUUGAUGGAGCUUUUCUUAAGGGAGCAUAUAAAGGAGUUUUGCUGGUGGCAGUUGGACGGGAUGCCAACGAUCGGAUGUACCCAUUGGCAUGGUCAGUUGUCGAGGGGAUAAUAAAUGCAAUUAAAGAGCUGUUUCCAGAUGCUAAACAUAGAAGAUGUGCAAGACACGUAUAUGCCAACUUCCGAAAGGAUAACCGAGGCAAGGAGCUGCAGAGAGCAUUCUGGAAAUGCGCAAAGGCAACCACUGAAGCUGAUUUCAUUAAGGCAUUUGGUGAAUUGACCAACAUUAAACAGAGAGCUAGGGUUGCUGUCUUAAAAGUACACCCACAGUUUUGGUCAAAGGCAUUCUUCAAGGAAGACAGUAAGUCAAAUGUAGUUGACAACAAUAUGUGUGAAGUUUUUAAUGGUUUAAUUGUUGAUUCAAGGCACAAGGCUAUUUUCUCAAUGCUUGAAGAUCUUAGGAUGAUGUGUGGUAGGAGGACUGUUGCUAGAAGGACAUUUGUAGAUGAGAAGUUUGUUGGUGAUUUUGGUCCUAAAAUAUGGGAGAAGAUUAUUGCAAGUAGGGAAGGAAGCAAGAGAUGCAGGGUGCUAUGGCCUGGUUAUGAGGUUGAAGAAGAAGACAAGGGUAAAUUUAUUGUUGAUAUGAACAGGAGGACUUGUACUUGCAGGUGCUGGAACAUGACAGGCAUACCUUGUAAGCAUGUUGUAAGUGUCAUUAAAUUGAGGAAGGAAAAAGAUGAACACUAUAGCAAGAAGAGGCAAAAGAAAGGAUCAACCUCAUCAGCUACUAGACCGGGGAAAGGUGGACGGUCAGGUGCUAGGGGGUGAAGGUGUUGAUGGUUGUGUUUUUUUGCCAUUUGAAGUUGACUGGUGCAUUAGAAAUGAAGAUGGUUGUGUUUUUUUGCCAUUUGAAGUUGACUGGUGCAUUAGAAAUGAAGAUGGUUGUGUUUUUUUGCCAUUUGAAGUUGACUGGUGCAUUGGAAAUGAAGCUUUUUUUUGUUUUUUGUCAUUUAACCUAUCACUACAUGUAAACUUAGACAACUUCAUGCGAAUUCCUGUUUUGUAUAUGGUGUAUAUGCUGUUGUGCAUAUGAUGGCUUCAUGGGACAGGUUGUAUGUAUAUUGGUACAUCCUUUGAUAUCCAGACUGAUGUAAAUGGUGCAAAUAUUUUGGAUUUAACCUUUUGGAAUAAAAAAUUGUUCUUGAU